AUGGCACUACCGCGGUAUGACACCAAGCCAAAAUAUGGUUCUAAGGUCCUUGUCUGUGGAACACCAGACUAUGAGAGGUGUCGGUGUAUGAAUCCCACUGCCGAUACUCCCAAACGCUAUCCCCGUGAGAUUCACGUAGUUGAAAGCCCUACGGAUGUGUCGGCUGCGUUGAAGCGCGCAUCGGAACUGGGUGUUACAGUUGGUAUCCGUUCUUCGGGUCAUAUUAUGAACCUGGGGAACCUCAUUCAAGAUGGAAUUCUCAUCGAUACUGUGAAUCUUAACCGGAAAAUAGACUACGACCCCGUUACUCGGGAGAUCUGCUUUGGACCAUCAUGCCGCGUUGAGGAGCUUGCAGAGAAACUUGGCGAGGUAAAGCGGUUCUUUCCACAUGGCCAUGCUCCCACCGUCGGUUCCGGAGGCUUUAUGCUCGCAGGUGGUCAGGGCUGGUUUGUGCGUGGAUGGGGCGCGACCAGUCAGACUUGGAUUAUGAAGAUGGAGAUUGUUGUCCCCGAUGGACGCAUUUUGAUUGCCAGUCGUACAGAGAACCAGGAACUAUUCUGGGCUGCUCGUGGCAGUGGUCUUGGGUUCUUUGGUGUCGUCACCCGCUUCUGGGGGCGAACCAUUCGAGCGUCCAAUAUGUGGGAGAGAACAUUCAAGUUCGAGGUCGGUGACAAGUACGAGGAGUUGAUGACAUGGACUAUCGAACGUGGAAGAGACACUCCCAAGUACGGAACUGACUUGAACAUCACCAUCGACUACCUUGAAAAGUAUGAUCCUCGAUAUACCACGGAUGACGUUCCUUCUGGUGCAAAGCUUCAUAUGAAUCUCAACUUGCUGUGCUAUACCGAUACACUACGUGAAGCCCAUACUCUUUUAAGCGCAUAUGACAAAAUGCCGGACUCCAUUCGUGACAGCUUGUUGGAGAUGAAGCCUGUUCAGAGGAGAACUUUCGAAGAAGUAUUCAACCGCAAGCGUGGAUUCCUGGGGAACGGCAAAACCGAGCGCUGGCAGAUCAAUAGCAUCAUGAAUGAUCCAGCUUGCCCGCUCCCAAGACUCAUUGAAGCUAUCAAGUCAGCCAUGCUAGAGCUUCCCACCAGAACUUCGUCGGUGUUCAUCUGCCACUGUGACAUUGUCCCUGACGAGGAAGAUGCUGCCCUGAGUUUGCCACAAGAUCUGUACAUCUCCACAAUUACUGGAUGGACGGAUCCAAAGCUCGAGCCAGGCAUCUAUCAGCCAAUGAGGGAUCAUUAUAGGCGAGCUUUUCCCGUCGCUGUCGGCCAAUACGUCACGGAGUUGGACGUCAACAACGACGAUGCGAAUACUCGGGUUUUGAGUGACAGUGCUCUCGCCAAGUUUUUGAAAAUUCGGGAAAAAUAUGAUCCCCAGGGAUUGUUUCCGAAUUAUAAAAAGUUCAUCAAGGCCCACGACAAGAUGAAUAAGUUGGAGAAUAAGCAUAUGCUGUGA